AUGUCUUACACCGACACCUCCCAUAAUAUCACCAUCGACUUGGGAACAAAUGAAUUUGCCGUGAAUGGCCUGACUGUGGUCCCCAGACAGGACAAGGCGGCUACUCUCAUUGAACAACACCAAAUCUUUUUGAGCCUUGACAAAGAAAAUUGGGACCUGGUUGCAUAUGGAACUUGGUGGCCAGAUCAAACACGGAAGCUCUCAGCAUUCCAACCAAAAAAGGCCCAAUAUGUUCGACUGUCGGCAACUGCUCCAAAUGGAAUUGCCAUCGCAGAUAUCAAAGUAUACGAAACCGAUUUCAUUCCUCCUGACACUUCGCUCGGGACCUGGGGCCCUACUAUCAACUUUCCCCUCGUUCCAGUUGCCGGUGCAAUCGAUGCAAACUCUGGCGAGGUGGUUGCCUGGUCUUCUUGGGGUUAUAAUAUCUCUACUGGCGGCAGAGGAGGCAAGACGCAAACCGCUACCUGGAACGGCGAGAAUCAGUCGGUGACACGUCGCGCUAUCACCAAUACCCAGCAUGACAUGUUUUGUUCGGGUCUUUCGAUUGACGCGGAUGGAAGGUUCGUCGUAUCUGGGGGGCAGGAUGCAAGGGGGACCAGCACAUACAACACCAACGUUCGUGACUGGUCCAGGGGAGGACCCUUGAAUGUCUUUCGCGGAAAUCAAUCGUCUAUCACCUUGUCUGAUGGGCGAAUCUUCUUGAUUGGAGGAUCAUGGCAGGGAGGUGUUGGCAUCAAAAACGGGGAGGUCUAUGAUACUAAAGCGGAAGCUUGGACCAGAAUCGACGGUGCAGAUGUAACGAAAAUGUUCACUCAAGACCAACGGACAUACAGACAAGACAACCACGCCUGGCUAUUUGGUUGGACGAAUGGCUCCGUUUUCCAAGCCGGUCCCAGCGUGCAAAUGAACUGGUUCGGCACAUCGGGUAACGGCUCCACUGCCUCUGCCGGAAAUCGGACGGGUGACGCGGACGCCAUGUGUGGAAAUGCGGUAAUGUAUGAACAAGGUAAAAUUCUUACCUUUGGUGGCUCCUCAUGGUAUGAAACUCUUGAGGCCACCAAAAAUGCCACCAUCAUCACCAUCGACAAAGUCAACGAAAGUGCCUCUGUCCUUCCAAACGCAGGAGGCAGGAUGAACUACGAGCGAACCUUCCACUCUUCCGUUGUCCUUCCGGACGGCUCGGUGUUUGUCAACGGUGGCCAGGCCGUCGGACUUCCAUUCAAUGAAACCCAACCUCAAAUGACCCCGGAGUUGUUCAUUCCCGAUCCCGAUAAUGAGAGAGGAGGCACCUGGGUUAAGCAGCAGAAAAGCUCCAUCAUCCGAGUGUAUCACAGCAUCUCCCUAUUGCUUCGAGAUGGUACCGUCUUUACUGGCGGUGGUGGUCUAUGCGGAGAUAGUGACGCCAAUCAUUUCGACGGUCAAAUAUACACACCCGCGUAUCUGCUCAAUACUGAUGGAUCCCUUCGUGACCGUCCCGAGAUCAAGACUGCGACAACGGGCCUGAUCCAACCUGGCGGGUCUGUCGAAAUAACCACCGACGGCCCAGUCGACUCUCGGGCGUCGAUAAUCCGCUAUGGCUCCUCCACGCACACGGUGAACACCGAUCAGCGACGUAUUGCCGUCCACUUGACGCAGACUGAGGACAAUAAGUACACGUUCGAAAUUCCUGCUGAGCCAGGGAUUGCUCUGCCUGGAUACUACAUGCUCUUCGUUCUCAAGGAUGGAACGCCUAGCCAUUCAGUAAAUAUCAAAGUCGCUGCUUAG